AUGGCCGCCCACCCAGCUACGCCGGCGUCGCCUAAGAAUGUCAAGAUAAAGUCUCCUUCGCCGGGAACACCUCUGUUUGGCUGCGGUCCGCGCACCCUCUUUACCUUAUCAAGCUGGUCCUUACGCAAGCAAGCUAACCUUGUCUCAGAGCACGUCCAGCUUCUCCUGUCCAACAGUCAGGAUGUCACAAACAGCUCCAUUCAGUACUACAAGAUGCUACUCCGGGUGGUGUUCGACAACACACCCAUCGUGCCCCAGACAUCAAAGAGCCCCGACGGCCUAGUAACCACAUCUCUAACCUCGAAUUACCUCUGUUUGCAAUGCUCUACCAUCGUCCCUGAGGAGGACCGUAUAAAGCAUGGCAACAAAAAGAGUCACCGCUUCUGUAUGUCCAGAGACCUCUCCGUCUACCAACCGGUGCCGUGCCCUGCUGACAUGCUGGCAGACGUCGACUCAAGAACCGGCUCCCUCUUCUGCCAGUUCUGCGAGGACUUUGUAUGGGAUCCCACCCUGGAGGAACUCAGAAUCCGAAAGAUGGGAACUGGAUCUUUCACAAAUCGCAAAAGAAAACACGAGGAGCUGUUUUCGGGUUCCGUCAAGGAUACCGUCAAGGACGAUCCAAGAUACAUAUCCAACAAUACCACCAUGGCAUCGUGUAGGGCAGAUGGUCUUCGUGGCAUAUACAACGCCGGCGCAACUUGCUACCAGAACGUGGUUCUCCAGAGUUUCCUCCACAACCCUCUCCUGCGCAACUUCUACCUCAGCGACGGGCACCAGAGCAGCGACUGUCAAGUAUCACACUGUCUCAGCUGUGCCAUGGAUGACAUGUUCCAGGACUUCUAUGCCUUGGAGACCACCAACGGCUAUACCGCCGCAAACAUAUUGUCCGGCUUUUGGAUAUCGGAAAAGAAGGCCUUUGAGAACUUGGUUACAACAAAAGAGCAGGACGCACACGAGUUCUUCCAGUUUCUCGCCGAGGACUUGCACGAAAGGAACGGGGACGGUAAGAGACCUGAGACGGGCAGCGAGCACAGCUGCAACUGCAUCAUCCACCAGACUUUCUACGGAAAGCUCCAGAGUCAAACGACCUGCCAACACUGUGGCGGCGUUACGAACGCUAUAGAGUCGUUUCUUGACCUCAGCCUAGGCCUGGAGAAUCUGCAACAGAAGAAGGGCAAGAAGGCGCUUAAGGGCGCACCCUCGUUGACGUUGCAGGAAUGCCUCGACGACGAGUACAUCAAGCACGACAAGUGCGAGUACCGGUGUCGGAAUUGCAAUUCGUCACAACAGGCGCGGCGAGAUCACAGCAUCAGACUCCUGCCCAAUGUGCUGUCCAUACAACUCAAGAGGUUUGAGUUCAGACAAGGAAGUCGUGAUCGGGGCUCAUCCAAGAUCAGCACCAAGGUACAGUUUCCUUUGACACUCAACAUGCUCCCGUAUACGACUCGUGGCAGGGAUUCAAACUCGCGGGACAGUCAAGAGCUGAACCGGUCUUGUACAUACGACCUGCUCAGCGUAGUGGAACACGUCGGCGAGAUCGACACAGGACACUACGUAUCGUACUGUCGGGUUGGAGAUCAGUGGUUCUCCUUCAACGACCAUAAGGUCGAACUGGCCAAGAAGUCCGACGUACUGAACAGUCAAGCCUAUCUAUUAUUCUACAUCAUCCGGUCACUGUCGUAA